AUGAUUUUCGAAGAGCAAAGGUUCAUCCACGAGGACCUUGAGCGCCUGGAGCAGGCGAUUGCCGACCGCGUCGCCGAAGAGCCUCGUAAUAUCCGGGAUCGCCUGGCUCGUGACCAUGAAGUCGCACAUUUUUUGAAGCGUAUCGAAGACCAGUCCAAGAGGUUACUCGACAUCUACAAGGAUGCGGACGGCGCGCGUGAGAAGGAAAUUCAAACCAUCUCAACCGGCGAUCAAUUCGAGGAAUUCUACAAGCAACUGGAUGAGAUUAAGGACUUUCACAGGCGCUAUCCUAAUGAACCAGUUGAAAACCUUGAGCGGGCUUAUAAGCGCCGUCAGCCUGGAGAGGGCGAAGUAACGGGAAUGGAGAUCGACAAUCUGUUCACUGGUGAAGAGGGUUAUGGACAAUUUCUGGACCUCACGACAUUGCACGAAGACUACUUGAACUUGCCUGGGGUAAAACGACUCUCAUAUGUACAGUAUCUCGACAUCUUCGAUGCAUUUACUCCUCCACAACUUCCGAUCAAGCGGAACAACAAGCUUUCCGAUCGGUAUUUCAAAUAUGUCGGUGAACUCGCAAACUACUUGGAAAGCUUCAUUAAAAAGGUGAAGCCGUUGCAAGAUCUGGACAAACUAUUUGCUAGCUUUGAUGAGGAGUUCGAAAGGCAAUGGGCGGCGAACGAGGUCCCUGGUUGGACAGAGGAGGCUGCUCAGAACGGUACCCAGGGUCCGAAGACCGAGGGCUCCGGAGAAGGCAUCUGGUGUGCUGACUGCGAGAGGGAGUUCAAGAAUGAGAAUGUCUACAAGAACCACCUGACAGGAAAGAAGCAUAUCCGGGCCGCUGAAGCACGCAAAGCCGCUGGGGAUGACGCGAAGCCGGCAGCCCCUACGACAAACGGCACAUCAUCCGUGGCUCAUCGACUCAAGGAACGUGCAGUCGCAGAGAGGGAACAUCGGGUGCGUUCUUUGACGCAGGUACUGCAGCCCGAGCGUCAAGCGACGAGGUUCAAUGUCGAGCGGAGACAGGGUAUGACUGAACGUGAGCGCCAGAUGGAACUUGAAGCUCUGCUUAAUGAGUCCGAGAACCCUGGCGGUGAUCGUGCUGGCGAUCAAUCUGAUGAGGACGAUGAAGACCGAAUCUACAAUCCCCUCAAACUGCCACUUGCUUGGGACGGCAAGCCAAUCCCUUACUGGCUUUACAAGCUGCACGGCCUUGGGGUGGAGUAUCCUUGCGAGAUCUGCGGUAACUUUGUUUAUAUGGGUCGUCGUGCGUUUGACAAGCACUUCUCGGAGGCCUUACAUAUCUUUGGUUUGAAGUGUCUUGGUAUCACUUCCAAUACCAACCUUUUCCGUGAGAUCACUCGCAUUGAGGAUGCAAUCAGGCUUUGGGAGAAGCUAGAGCAGGACCGCAAGAAGGACAGAGAUAACCGCGACAAUGUGGUACAGAUGGAGGAUGCCGAAGGCAAUGUUAUGCCGGAGAGGAUCUACCUUGAUCUGCAAAAGCAAGCUGCCCAUGAGGCCAAAGUUGUGAACCCCGACAUCCGUGCCGUAUUACGAUGGUUCGCCCAGAAUGAAAAGAGGAUCCGCGAUAAAGAUACCGACCAGUUGGCUCUCCUUUCCUGCAUGUUUCCGGAGAAACGGACAGACCGUGUCUACUGGCUACAGGAUACAUCGCUGGUCAAAAUCAUAGCACGGUGCCUGCUUCUGGGCUGUUCACGGCGGCAGGAGCUCGAGCGUUGGCGUAUAUCCGGGGGCGUAGACCUGGGACAAUGUGUGGAGAAUGUCAUGCGGCAGGCUGAAAACCACGUCACCAACGGCCAAGAUGUCACCGUGGAAGAGAUAGACAAAGCUUUAACUGAGAUCGCCUCUCGUUGCAAGUUUUCUGGUCCUCAGGUGCGAAGGCAGCGUACGGCUGUCAAGGUUGAUCAGACGUUGUCCCCUCUAUACCGACGGCUAAGUAGCAGAGAUGCGAAAUGGCUUACUCGAAUGAUACUGAAAAGCUAUUCUCCUGUUUCUCUGCCGGAAAACAUCAUAUUGAAACGUUUCCAUUUCCUCCUUCCACAUUUACUUCUCUUCCAGGACUCUUUCGAACGCGCUUUAAGCGUGCUAAGCUCUAGUCCCAUUAAACAUUUUCCACCUCAACCAGAUGCUGCAUUAGCCAAAGACCUGGGGUUCAUAGCGUUAGGGCAUUUCAGUCCUGCUGUGGGAGUCAAGAUAGGACGACCUGAGUACUAUAAGGCUAGGAGCAUCAAACAUUGCUGUCGCAUGAUCGGCAACCGUCGCAUGAGUAUCGAAAGGAAGUAUGAUGGAGAAUAUUGCCAGAUACACAUCGAUCUUUCAAAGGACUCGAACUGGAUCCAAAUAUUUUCUAAAAGCGGUAAAGAUUCUACAGCAGACCGCGCCGGUAUUCAUCAAGUCAUCAGCGAAUCACUGAAGCUAAGACGGCCGGGUUGCAAGAUUUCCCGACGAUGUAUUCUGGAGGGCGAAAUGCUUGUUUGGAGUGACAAACAUGGCAACAUCGCAGAUUUUCAUAAGUUGCGUAAAUUCAUAUCACGCUCAGGCACUUUCAUUGGAACUAAAAGCGACUCUCCUCCACAACCUUAUGAGCAUCUGAUGAUAGUAUUCUUUGACAUCCUGCUCAUUGAUGAGAAUGUUUGUCUGAGACUUCCACACCGGGAGCGGAGAUUACUUCUGAAAGACACUAUGGAGCCAAUCCCAGGGCGUGCGGACAUAUCUGAGCAGUGGGUAGUUGACUUUUCCCAUCAUGGCGGUCAAUCUCGACUAGAAAGCAUCUUUUACAAGGGCAUCACUGAGCGAUGGGAAGGAUUUGUCCUCAAAGCAUGUGAAGACCCUUACUUCACAAUCUUUUCUGAUGAUGGGGAAAAUCCCUCCUUCGGUCGCUGGAUCAAGCUAAAGAAAGAUUAUAUACCUGGACUAGGUGACACCGUCGAUCUCGCAAUCAUUGGCGCGAGGUACAACGCUCGGGAUGCUAUGGCAAUCAAGCAAGUCAAAAAGCUCUCAUGGACUGAAUUCUACAUUGGGUGCCUCGUCAAUAAAGAGAUGGUUGUGCAAUCUGGGGCCCUACCCAAAUUUCGUGUCCUCGAUGUUAUCAACCACCACUGCAUGCAUGUCAGGUUCAUGCAGCUCUUAAAUCAGUUCGGCGACUUCUGUGCCCGCAGUCCAGACUCCGAACAUGGAUUCAUCCUUGAAUAUGGGGAGAGUGUAGUCAACCCCAUGGAAGUCGUCUUCAAGACACCCUUUGUCGUUGAGAUGUUAGGCAGUGGUUUUGAAAAACCGUCUGGCGCCAGAUACUAUACACUGCGUUUCCCUAGGAUCUUGAAGGUCCUUUCUGAUCGAUCAUUUGAGGAUGCUGCGUCAUACAGAGAGUUGCAACUACUAGCAGAAACUGCUCGGUCCGUCCUCAAUGAGGAUCCAGGAAAUCACGAGUCUGAAGCCGCCAAACGGAUGAAGCUGCGAGAUCGCUCGGAGUGUACGCCAGAUCGAUCACAAAGUCUCCAAACAACACAGAGCCCUUUUCUCCAGUCUUCGACAACUGCCGAAGAUGACUCAGGUAAAGUGGCAUUCGUGCCUCUCCCGAACAAGGACUCGAACACCCCAGACGCGUUACCUGGUCCAGCGAGACAAACCAAACGACGCCGGGAAAGCAGCGCUAUGCAACGUAUCAUCCCCAUCCAUGUGGAUCUCAAUAGAGAUCCCUCCCCACCUACAGCACACAGUGUAGGGGGCAGUUAUCUGACAGACAAUGAAAACCUAUCUUCUCAUGCAACCGGACACAGGAAGAACUCAACCCAGACGACUAGGUCCUCUGAUGCAGAGAAAGCCUCCCGCCCCAGUCAAAUGCCUGAUCCUUCGAGUAGCUUAGACAAGUUGCAAAAGCACUCUGAACUCCUUCAUAAACCAAUAGACCGCCAAACCGAGUCCAAUGUGACACUGGAAACUUGCAGCAACCGCCUAUCCGGCAAUGAAACCGUGACUCCCCACCUCUGCAAGAAAGCAACCCAGCGCAUUAUAUCACCAUUGCUCCACAGUCCUAUAUACAUUCACCAUGACAUCUCCUCAGAUGACAUGAUAGUGUCUCAAUCCAUACCAGACGCAUGGAAACCCGCACAGACCCUCAAUAAGUUCGUCAGAACAUUAACACGCCCAGACACACAAAGCCAUCCCAGGAUACCCAACCCUCACUCAGUCUCGCAUGGCACGGUCUACGGACUGGUCAUGAUACCUGGCAAGAGAGAUGUGCUAUGUACAAUUCUUCCAGAUCUUAUAAAACGAAUAGCAAAUGCACUCCAGUCUCAUCAUCCCACCAUUCAUCAUGCCGGGAAAGUCUUCGUUCUCGACUCGAGCUUUCUCAGACUCAAGAUCAGUAAUGAUGAUACGAGACUCUGCCUCCGUCGGACGUGGGAAGACAUUAGCAAGGUAUUCUUCUAUGCUUGCGUGAGCUGGACGUUUAAGGGGCCUCCAGGUUACAACACACCCGACCAAGCUAGAGAAUGCGAUGCGCUUUACACUAGGCCUAAGAUCACGGUUAGCUUCGAUAGACGGGAGUUGGGCCUUCUGGGAGAAAAUCUGUCCCAUUGA